CCCCUAGGUUGAGUCAGUUGACUGGCGAUACGGUACAGUAAACCGGGUAACAGCUUGUAUUGAAGACCUCAUACACCGGCCGCCAUAUUAGAAUUUACUAGCCCAAAUUUGGUUGAAGUUUGGAGAGUUAAGCCAAAAUCCACCUAGUACUUUCAUCUAACUAUAAAUUAAAUCAGAAUGAGUUGGGAUUCAUACAUCGAUAACUUGAUUGCUCAGACCAAAGAUUCGAGUGGUGCAGCACAUGCAGACAAGGCAUGUAUUAUAGGAAUUGAUGGUGGAGCAGCAUGGACUACCAAUGCUGCUGGUGCGGCUUUCCAGAUAUCUCCACAAGAAGGUGCUACUGUAGCUUCCUGUUUUAAAUCGAAAGAUUUUACCCCAUUUCAAGCCAGUGGUAUAGUCUUAGGUGGUGUUAAAUAUCAAUUUUUACGGUCAGAAGAUGGUAAAUUGGUACUAGGAAAGAAAAAAGACCAUGGAGGUGUAACAUUACAAUGUUCUAAAACUGCUAUAGUUAUAGCUCAUGUUGCUGAAGGAAGUCAACAAGGCAAUGUCAAUAAAGGAGUAGGAGUAAUAGCAGAGUAUUUGGAGAGUUUAGGAAUGUAAUUUUCAACAUUACUUAUAAUUUUAUAUUAAAAAUGAUUGACGCAGACAUCAUACAAAUUACAUCUAUAUGGUUUCCAAACUUCAGCAUUACAAUUUCAACAUUUUUCACUUGAAUUACGUUAUUGUAUAAUCAUAAACAUGUAAGCUUGGCUUAAAUUUGGAGAAAUUGAUAAAUAUCAAAUCGAAAUCUAAUUUUGGACAAUAUAGAUGUAUUUUGUAUUAUUUAUUAUGUCUUGGCUUAACUAUACAAAGAACAAAAUUUGCUAGGUAAAUCUAUUCAUUUUCUUUACCGUCAUUUCUUAUUUUAAGAAAAAACAGUGCUCUGGAUUCACCCAAUACCUGCUUCAGUAUAAUAUAUAUUAUGUUUGGGGAGCUGAUUUUUAACUUUUAAUAUAGCAGGCCUUAUGUACCAUAUUUUGUUAUAUGAAGUGUUCAGAUAAGACAGUGACAACUGAAUGAAAGAAUGCUAUAAUUGUAAUUUAUUCAAAGUUCAAUUGGUAAAGCUUUCAGUCGUUGUACUAAGAGCAGCUAUCAGAAGUAUUUGGAAUAAAAUAGAAUUAUUGUCCAUGAAGUAUAUUUGUUUUCAUAAGAAAGUAUGUAUAUUUUACAGGAAGUAGGGAUGUUUGCUGAAGAUUUUUAUUUAAAAUUUUUUCACAUCAAUUAGAUUGAUCGUUUUUUCUUUCUUAAAAAUGUACAUAACCGAAUUAAAGUUUGUAAACUCUGAUUAACCCUAUCCUAGACCCAAGUUAUUCCAUAUCAUGUCUGCAUCAGUUAUUUAAAUGUAAGGGAGAGAAUUCCUGAAGCAGGGAGAUAACUCGAAAUCAUUCCUACCUAUUUUGGUAACAAUACUGGAAUCAUUUCCCACCUGAUUACAACAAUGUAGUAUUAAUCAAUUGCUAAACUCUAACCUACACCUAAUUAGACUACGCAUGGCCCUCUUUUUGUCUUAUUAUAAUGACUUAGAAGAAGUUUUGUUAUAUUUUGAAAUGACUAGUGCUAAAGCCAAGUAAUGAAAAUGUUCCCAUUUAUUAGAUUUAUAUUUAUUUAAUAAUUUAUUAUGGAAAUUUUCAUGGCUUAAAAACAAUGUUGAGUUUUCUUGCUGAGUAGAUAUCAUGGAUUCCUUGUUAACGUAGAAAUUUAGAAAUAAAAUUUGACUGUUUUGUUAAAGUUUUUGUCGUAAUUGCCAGUAAUUUUGAUCAUUCUCAUUUAUUAUUCUCUUUUAUUGUUAUAUUAUUUCAAUAAUCAUCAACUGUCAGUGUCUGUGACCAAGUGUUCAUUUCUGUUGUUAACCCUAUCAAGCUCAAAAAUUAAAACUUACGUCUCUUGGAGAAAAUAACAUUGAAAUGAUUAUGUUCAAAUUUUUCUUUGCUCAAAUUUUGUUGGAUAGUUUUGAUUUAGAAUUUCUGUUGACCCGGUUGAUAUUAGUAAAUUAUUACUGAUAUAUUGCUGUUUUUACAACACUUUUACCAUGUUAUCUUUCACUGAAGUUUUCUCUGAAUUUAGAACAAAAUAAAUCAAUGUCUGUCCCCAUUCUUUUUCUGUUCUGUACAUUUUAACAAAUGCAUUCUUCAUAAUAAACAAAAUGCCUGUUA